GAAAGCUUCGUCUUCCAAUUCACGCUGCACGCUCCUUCACGCGCCUUCUCCAUCUCACGGCCAGAUCCGCCGGAGAUCCACCGUCUUCUUCUCUUCUCUCUCUUGGUUUCGCUGACGGCGACAGACGAGGAAUUCUUUGAUCGGAAGCUCCAUUUCUAGGGGUUUUUUAGUAUUGCUAGACGAUUUGCCGUGAGGGCCGAGAAUUCUGGCAAUUUUCGAGAGGAGGCUUGUGAUUGUUGACAGAAUUGCGCUAGAAACUUAUUCACCGAGGUAGAUUAUAUAUGAUUAGAGGUUUGGGUGGUUGGGUUAUAAGAGGAGUAAUGGCUACGGAUAUGCAGAAACUGCUUGGAACUAGUGAAGAGGAUGAUGACGAAGAAAUGGAUAUGGAUGUGAAGGAAGAAGAUGAUGGAGACCGACGAAAUAGAGACACACGCGCAGCUUCAGGCAGUAGUAAUGAUGAGUUUAUGUUUCAGCAGUCAAUGCAAGAUCAAGUGGGCACUCCUGGGGGAGGAGGAAGUCGCAGAAGUAGACCGCUUGAAGAGAAGGAGCGAACUAAGUUGAGAGAGCGCCAUCGAAGGGCUAUUACUGCAAGGAUACUAGGCGGGUUACGAAGGCAUGGGAAUUAUAACCUGAGAGUUAGAGCUGAUAUUAACGAUGUUAUCGCGGCUUUGGCAAGGGAAGCUGGAUGGGUUGUUCUUCCUGAUGGAACUACUUUUCCAGCCAAAUCUCAGGGGGCAAAGCCUACUGGUGGUUCUUCUGCCGUUGCCGCAGGUUCAUCAGCUUCUCACAUUGCAUCACAGCAAACCUCUACUCCUGCUCUUAGAGUGGUAUCAUCUGGGCGUAGAAGCCCAGUGGAACUCAGCGCUUGCCGUAUGAAAGGUGUUUUCACACCUGCUCCAUCGCCAUAUGAUAUACUCCCAACUCAAUCUCCAGAACUGGUUGGAAGUGUAAAUAAGGCUGAGGGGCUUGUUGGUUGCUCAGUCGAUGUUAUCAACUCUAAACAGAUUCUCGAGAUUCCUCCAAAUCUGACAGAGCAAGAUUUCUCUGGCACUCCUUAUGUUCCGGUUUAUGUGAUGUUACCACUUGGGGUUAUCAAUAUGAAGUGUGAAUUGGCUGAUCGAGAUGGACUGGUAAAGCACUUAAGAAUAUUGAAGUCAAUCCAUGUCGAUGGAGUUAAAGUGGAUUGUUGGUGGGGAAUAGUUGAGGGUCAUUCCCCCCAGGAGUAUAAUUGGACUGGUUAUAGGCAGCUUUUUCAGAUGGUCCGCGAUCUUAAUCUUAAGAUACAGGUUUUAAUGUCCUUUCAUGAAUGUGGAGGCAAUGUUGGUGAUGAUGUUUGCAUCCCACUUCCUCAUUGGGUGGCAGAAAUAGGGCGAACCAAUCCUGACAUAUAUUUCACUGAUAGAGAGGGAAGACGAAACCCAGAAUGCCUUUCUUGGGGUAUUGACAAGGAGCGUAUUUUAAGAGGCAGAACUGCACUUGAGGUGUACUUUGAUUACAUGAGAAGUUUUCGGAUAGAACUUGCAGAGUUUCUAGAGGAUGGUGUAAUAUCUAUGGUUGAAAUUGGACUAGGCCCCUGUGGAGAGUUACGGUAUCCUUCUUGUCCCAUAAAACACGGGUGGCGAUAUCCAGGUGUUGGAGAGUUUCAGUGUUAUGACAAGUAUCUCUCGAAGAGCCUGAGAAAGGCAGCAGAAUCAAGGGGGCACCUGUUUUGGGCUCGAGGCCCGGAGAACACCGGCUCCUACAAUUCCCAGCCACAGGGAACCGGUUUCUUCUGUGAUGGAGGUGACUACGAUGGCCUCUAUGGAAGAUUCUUUCUCAAAUGGUAUUCACAGGUUUUGAUAGAUCAUGCUGACCAAAUCCUCUCUCUCGCUAAACUAGUCUUCGACAGUAGCUGCAUUGCAGCAAAGCUCCCAGACGUCCACUGGUGGUACAGAACAGCAAGCCAUGCCGCUGAGCUAACCGCUGGAUUCUACAACCCGAGCAACCGAGAUGGUUAUGCUGCAAUUGCAUCUACACUUAAGAAGCAUGGUGCCACUCUGAGUUUUGUAUCUGGAGAAGUGCAAGUUCUAAACCGUCCCGAUGAUUUCUCAGGAGCAUUAGGAGAACCUGAGGCAGUAGCUUGGCAGGUGUUAAACGCUGCGUGGGACAGCGAUACACCGGUUGCUCGAGAGAACUCGCUUCCUUGCCAUGAUAGAGUUGGUUAUAACAAAAUGUUAGAAAGCGUUAAGUUUCGGAACGAUCCAGAUAGAAGGCAUUUGUCAUCAUUUGCCUAUAGUAGACUCGUCCCAGCUCUCAUGGAAGGACAUAACAUUGUGGAAUUUGAGCGGUUUGUGAAGAAAUUGCAUGGGGAAGCUGUAAUGAAUCAUCAUCAUCAUCAUCAACAGGUUUAGAGUUUUGUUUGUCCCUGGAUCUGCUGAAAUUAUUUACUGUUAAUGUUGUUAAUUUUAUUAGUUUAGCAUCAUUUCUGUAAAUUUUUGUCAUUAAAAAAGUAAGGCGAUU